AGUCCAAGCGGAUGUUAUGAGCAGCCGGGGAGACAUCAAACCCACUAAAUCACUCUCGUGAUUCAAUGCGACAUUAAGUUGACACCGAGUUGUUGACUCGCUUGCCUUUUUAGUGACACUUUGGGCUCUCGAUCCAAAAGUUCUGGUCGACCCAGCAGUGCUUCUCUUCGGAAGACUCUCCUAAUUCGAGCAGUGCAGGGCAAAACGAUGUGGCUCGCGCGGACCCUCCUCGCUCUGGCACUUCUUUGCGCACCGGUUUCCAGCCUCUGCUUGCCGACGUACGACCCCGUGUCCAACUUUCUUUGCAACAACGAAGUGUUCUCCGAGACGAACGACGACGGGCAGUCGGCAAACUCCCUGCUGGACAGUCUAAACCUCCUGUACAAGUCGGCGCACUCGCUUUCCUCCGAGGAGCCGCGCGAGAGGAGGACGAUACCCGCGUCCAAGUACAGAUAUUUGAGCCAGACGCAGCUCAGGAGUAAACUCUACCGUAACAGUGCGAAGAGCGACCGACGCAGCCAGGUCACCCUUUCCCUCGACGUCCCCACCAACAUCAUGAACAUCCUCUUCAACAUCGCCAAAGCCAAGAACCUGCGCGCGAAGGCGGACGACAACGCGCGCUUGCUGGCGCAGAUUGGAAAGAGAAAAUGAACUCCAACUCAUGUCACUAAUUUGACUUUAACAGAUAUUUUUCGUCACCCACUGAGGCAUGUUAUCUCGAAUUUAAUAAUGUAAUAAAAGUUGUUUUUUUUCCUCCAGUUGCAUAAUAAGCAAUACUGAAAAUGAAUGGAACGUGUUAACAGGUGAUAUUUGGGUUUUGAUUUAUUACCCACGUUUUGUUCGUGUGUCAGAUUUAAUGCUGUUUUACAGGACUUUAUUUAAAAUUGGCUCAUUACCCAGCGGGAUUGUAAACAAUAUUGUUUGGUUAAUUUUAACUCAAGCUUUAAAGAGACGUAAAGAUAGCCUGCGACGUAUUUUUUCCCCUUUUCAUUAAUGCAGUUUCUCUGUUCAUCUCAGAUGAGAUUAGUAUUAAAAAAAUGACUGAUCUGCGAGGCAGGCUGCGGAUCUGUAAAGUUCUUAAAACUCUGGGUUGAUAAAACCGACAGUUGAAUAUUUUUGUACUGAAAAUAAUUAUUUUACCGUUUAAUAAAUAAAUAAAUGCAAAUGUAAACAAAG